AUGGGCAUUGUUGUUGCAGUUCAUCAUCCGUGGGUGUUUGCUUUCGGUCUCUUAGGGAACAUCAUAUCCUUCAUGGUCUACCUCGCGCCAUUGCCGACGUUUUAUGGAAUAUACAAGAAGAAAAAAACAGAAGGGUUUGAUUCAUUGGCGUACGUAGUAGCAUUAUUGAGUGCAAUGCUAUGGAUGUACUAUGCAUUCCUCACCUCCAAUGACGCUAAUUACCUUCUCAUCACCAUCAACUCUAUUGGAUGCGUAAUCGAGUCCAUUUACAUUACCAUUUUCCUGGCUUAUGCACCCAAAACUGCCAAGAUUCAAACGGCAAAGCUGAUUCUGUUGUUGAACCUUGGGAUGUACAGUUUGAUACUACUUCUCACUCUCUUGUUAGUGAAAGAACCAAUUUCCCGCGUCCGGAUUGUUGGUUGGGUCUGUGUUGCAGUUUCUGUCACCGUUUUCGCAGCGCCUUUUAGUGUUAUGAGGAUGGUUAUACGAACAAAGAGUGUGAAGUUCAUGCCAUUUCCUCUAUCAGUCUUCCUCACUUUAAGUGCAGUAAUAUGGUUCUCUUAUGGUUUACUAUUGAAGGACUUGUACAUUGUGCUACCAAACACAUUGGGCUUCAUAUUGGGGGUCAUCCAAAUGGUGAUGUACAGAAUCUACAAGAACAAUGACAAAGUAAAAGGACACUUAGAAGAGAAGACGCCGGAGGAGGAGGAGCAUACGAUCAAUGUUCUCAAUCUCAAACAAAGCACAAUGGAGAUUUCCGAUUUGCAAAAAAUUUGUAAUGGAAAUGAUCUGGAGGAAGAACAGAAGCAGAGGGUGAACGAAACAGCCGACGACCACCACCACCUUCAAAAAACCAUGGGAACCUCAACCCCAACCGGAGUCGACGACGAGGACGUCCAAAUUAUUGUGUGUCAAGUUUGA